UAUAUUUCAUUUAUUUAUUAGUGUCUGGAUAAGAUGCAUGCAUAAGAAGUGCGGUGCAAAUCCUGAUUCUUUACAAAUCAUCAUUUCAUGAAACAUAAAAAGUUGAGGUGAUGACACAGCCACACAUUUGUUUGCAUGAUUGUUGUCAUCUGAUUUAUGACUAACUGUACUUGUGUUACGCCACACGUUUCUUUGGUAGAAUUUUUUCGAAGAUGUCGGAGUGAAGGCUGAAAAGACUGCGAUUCAUAGUGCUCAGUCAGUUAAGUGUAAUUGCAUCGAAUUCGAAAAAUAAACUUGUUUGGUUGACUCUCUUUUAGCGGAAGCCUAACCUAUCAAGCUAAAAUGUUUAUGCAUCAAUGUAUUUGUUGAAAAAAAAUCCAUGUGAAGAGGACAUUGAGAAAAAAAAAACACCUAUUAAAUCUCACUUGCAGGAUUGAGGGGGAAAAAAAUGUCAUUCGAUUGUUUUUCAAAAUUGGUCAGCCCUAGUAAGCAGUAGAAGGAAGGAGGAUGUAUGAAUAAUUUUCUGCACACUCAAAGCUGAUUCCACCAAGCCCAACAACGGUCUCCACCAGACUUGUGGUAUGUGCCGUUACUUGCUCUACCUGCCCGACCCGUGUAGGUUUAAAUGUGUGCCUGUGUGCAAAGUUCCAAAAUCACCUGGAGUGUUUUUAACUUGACAGUCUCCAGCAUUUGUUAUUUUCUAAAUUCACCAGAAAUCCUCUUCAUGUCAAUGAGCAGCGUGUUGUUUUCAUGGAAAUAACUUUACGUCCAAUCCAAUCGCUUUUUUUGAAUCCUCAACAACAACGCUUUGAACUUGACACUGACAUUUCACGUUUAGCCUCACUUUAAGCUAACAUGCUAAGCUAGGCAUCCUGGGCAUUGUUACUUGCCCGUGACGGGUAUGUUUUGUCUCCAUCUUCCCGCCGUCCGUCUUGAUGAUCGAGGACAAAGCAAGUCCAGCGGAGGUGGCGCCGCUCUGCUUGGCCAAGCAAUCGCUGCCCGAACGGCAGGCAUACGCCGAGCUACCGUCCUGCACAGCGCUGGGCCGGCCACUGAGUCCGACGGCCCACCCGGAUGAGAGGACGGAAGCCUUGAGGAAGUCGCAUGGCGGUCUGGUGUUUGUCCGCUCCAAAAUAAAGGUGACCACCGGCGAAUUGCUAUCUGACCCCGACCUUCAUCUUACAACCUUGAACCCGCUGAUGCUGCCACACGCCACCGAGACACCCGUUGCCAUGACGACAGUGUCCACCCCUGCCGGGUUUGCCUCCUCGGUGGUACGAUCGCCGGGUCAGACCUCCGUGAGCGGGACGGCUCCGCCUUACGCUUGUCAGAUUUGCCACAAGACGUUCCAGUACCAGCGCAUGUUAAACAGACACAUGAAGUGUCACAACGAGACCAAGCGCCACCUGUGCAGCUUCUGCGGUAAAGGAUUCAACGACACCUUCGACCUCAAGAGGCAUGUGCGCACACACACAGGAGUGCGGCCGUACAAGUGUGAGCUGUGCGACAAGGCCUUCACGCAGCGCUGCUCGCUGGAGUCCCACAUGAAGAAGAUCCACAGCGUGACGCUGCAGUACGCCUACAAGGAGCGCCGCAACAAGCUGUACGUGUGCGAAGAGUGCGGCCACACGGCGGCCACCCAGGACGAGCUGCUCCUGCACCUGCACUCCAUGCACCCCGACAGUGCCCUCUUGAAGGGCAAGGGGGCGCGGCGGGGGGUUGGGGGAGGGGACGGCGAGUCCACACCAGGCUCCCCGCAAGGAGCCGAUAGUGACGACACCACCGGAUCAGCAGGCCAGUGAUGUGAGGACAAGGAGCCAAAAGGACUCAUUGCAACGAGUGUGUGUGUGUGUGUGUGUGUGUGUGUGUGUGUGUGCGCGCGUGCAUUAUGUACAAUAUGUGUAUGAAAAGCACAACAAGCAGUUUGAUUUCUCCAUGGGAUUCGCCUGGGAUUACCUAUAAACAUAUUUUUACACUUUUUUACUGCAUGUGAAUAUGACCCGCGGGACUUAUUAUAAGGCAACUUAAUAUGAAUUUUCUAUGAAAAACAACUUUAUUGAUUAAAAGGGACAUUGAGAUGAAAUCACAAU